AUGAAGCGGCCGCUGCGGCGCUCCUUCGUCGUGCUCAUCUUCGUCGUGCUCGUCGGCGCGGCCUCGUUCUCCACCGCGCUCCGUCGCGCUGUGGCGCCCGCGCCCGCGUGGGAGCCCCCGGCGCCGCUGCCGCUCGACCCGGCGCGCCUUAACGCCACGCUGCUCCGCCUGGCCGCCGCCGAUACCUCGGAGGCGCCGCUGCGCCGGGACGUGGACGAGCUCCUCGAGGGCCGCCUCCCGGCCUCCGCGUCGCGGGCCCGCGCGUGGCGCCGCGACCGACUCCUCCACCCGCUCCACCUCCACCACAGCUUCCCGCUCCCGCGCCGCGGCCGCUACCCGGACGAUGACCACGACGUCCUGCUCCACCCGCUCCCGCGCCACGAGCAGCUCCACAUCGACCCCGCCCUCCGCCGGGACCUCCGCUCCUGGCACCGCCUCCGCCGCUACGACCCUGCCGUCCUCGCCAGCCUCUCCUCCCUGCUCUCCAUCCCCGGGCGCAUCUCCUCCUGCGCCGUCGUCGGCAACAGCGGCAUCCUCCUGCGCGCCCACCACGGCGCCCUCAUCGACUCCCACGCCGCCGUGUUCCGCCUCAACAACGCCCGCAUCUCAGGCUACGCCGCGCACGUCGGCAGCAAGACCAACUUCUCCUUCAUUAACAGCAACAUCCUUCACCUCUGCGCGCGCCGACCCGGCUGCUUCUGCCACCCCUACGGCCACGGCGUCCCCAUCCUGCUCUACAUCUGCCAGGCCGCCCAUUUCCUCGACGUCGCCGCCUGCAACGCCACCUCGUCCUCCCGCCACGGCUCCCCCAUCUCCGUCACCGACGCCCGCCUCGACGUCCUCUGCGCGCGCAUCGUCAAGUACUACUCCCUCCGCCGAUUCGUUGCCGAGACCGGCCGCGUGCCCGAGGAGUGGGACCGCGCGCACGACGCCUCCAUGUUCCAUUACUCGUCCGGGAUGCAGGCCAUCAUGGUCGCGGUGGGAGUGUGCGACAGAGUCAGCGUGUUCGGCUUCGGCAAGUCUUCCGACGCCAAGCACCAUUACCACAGCAACCAAAAGGCUGAGCUAGACCUCCACGACUACGAAGCGGAGUACGCUUUCUACCACGACCUGUCCGAGCAUCCGCAGGUAGUCCCGUUCCUCAAGGAUUCCGGGCUCGCCGUCCCGCCCGUCGUCUUCUACCAUUAG